UCUCCACUUUCUAGGGCUGCCUCCCCCCACAGGAAUAUUAUCGCGAGUGUCGCAGUUGGGUAUUUUUUUCUCUUUGACAACCCCUUCGACAUCCAACCGACAAACUUGCUGAGCCAACCGCCCGCCAGCUACAACCGUCAAGAUGGCCUUCCACAAGUUGGUGAAGAACAGCGCGUACUACAGUCGCUUCCAGACCAAGUACAAGCGUAGACGCUCCGGCAAGACCGACUACUAUGCUCGCAAGCGCCUGAUCACCCAGGCCAAGAACAAGUACGGUGCUCCCAAGUACCGUCUUGUGGUCCGCUUCACCAACCGGGACAUCAUCAUGCAAAUCGUCACCUCCGAGAUCACCGGUGACAAGGUCUUCGCCGCCGCCUACUCCCACGAGCUGCCCGCCUACGGCAUCACCCACGGCCUGACCAACUGGGCUGCCGCCUACGCCACCGGUCUCCUGAUCGCCCGCCGCACCCUCUCCAAGCUCGGCCUCGACAAGACCUUCACUGGUGUUGAGGAGGCCGACGGUGAGUACACCCUCACCGAGGCCGCCGAGACCGACGAUGGCGAGCGCCGCCCCUUCAAGGCCAACCUCGACGUUGGUCUGCACCGCACCUCCACCGGUGCCCGUGUCUUCGGCGCCAUGAAGGGUGCCUCCGACGGUGGCAUUCUCGUCCCCCACUCUGAGAAGCGCUUCCCCGGUUACGACAUCGAGACCAAGGAGCUCGACGCCGAGACCCUCAAGAACUACAUCUUCGGCCAGCACGUCGCUGAGUACAUGGAGACCCUCGCCGACGACGACGAGGAGCGCUACAAGUCCCAGUUCCAGCAGUACAUCGACGACGAUGUCGAGGCUGACGGCCUUGAGGAGCUCUACUCCGAGGCUCACGCCGCCAUCCGUGAGGACCCCUGGAAGAAGCCCGAGCGCUCCAACACCAAGUCCAAGGAGGAGUGGAAGGCCGAGUCCAAGAAGUACAAGACCCAGCGCCUCACCAAGGAGCAGAAGGAGCAGCGCGUCAAGGAGCGCAUUGCCGAGCUCCGUGCUGAGUAAACUUGUUUCCUGUAUGUAGUGAAGCGGUUUAAUGGGGCGGUUUUUGGCACUUGGGCUGGCAUUUGACGUUUUGGCAUGACUUUUUCGCAGUCUUCUCGGGAGUUAUCAGGCAAACAAAAAUCCGGACGGGGAUUAUGAUGGUCAACGGGAAAAGGAACCUCUUUAACAAUUCAAUGAGAUAUCCCAAAUGCCAGACGUCAAACGUUGAACACAUAAAGUAAAGACAAGCCGAUGAGGAUGACAAUGCGGAUAUGAGACUUGACUUGGGCAGCAGGCACGACCAACAUCAGCAAGCGCCACCCGUGGCCGCGUCGAUUUGGCGUGACGGCGC